AUGGUUAACCUUGACAACAUCACCGUGCCUUAUAAGGAAGUGUGGCAUGGCUAUCGAUUCCGUGAACUAUCCUUCUUCUGGGAUGAAGAGAGAGAGAGCUGUUUGCCAACUUGUUGCCCAAAUUGUUCGAACAUAAUAUCGCUGGAUGAAAUGGUUGAAGCUUCUGAUGAGAACAGACUUCUACCUGAUGAUUAUGUCAAAUUAUCAUGUACCGAAUGUUCAUUUGAAUUUGUACACGUUGUACAAAUGGUAAAGGGAAAUAAACUAAACCAAGCUUUCAUUUUUCAUGAUGGCUUUAAUGCUUUUAACAGAACAUCUAGAGGAAUAGCUGCAUUGCAUAUUAGCAAUGCAUGCACAAGAAAGGAGAUGAGACUCCAUGGAAGAAAUCUUCGUGUGCACAGCUUUAUAUCUUCACAUUUACUGAAUGAAGGUAUCCCGCACAAGAUCUAUGCUUUCCAUCAGCCUUUGAUUGAUGAAAUAAAUUAA